CCCGCCCCGCAGAGAUGGCGGCGCCGUGCCGGACCCGCACGCUGCAGGUGCUGGACACGGAGUUCAGCGCGGACGCGGUGGAGUGGUGCCCGGUGGAGGGCUGGCACAGCAUCCUGGCCUGCGGGACCUACCACCUGCGCCCGCCCGCCGCGACUGACUCCCGAGGGAGCAACGGGCUCUGUGACCGCACCGGGCGCCUCUACCUCUAUCACUACAACGAGGAGCAGCCUCACAUCCCGCUGACAGAAAUCCAGAGGGUUGACACCGCCGCCAUCCUGGACAUCAAGUGGUGCCACGUUCCUGUUGCAGAACAUCCCAUGGUUGGCAUUGCAAACUCGAUGGGUGCUGUGGAGUUUUGCCACCUGACUGGGAGCGAGAAGAAGAGCUGCAUGUUGGAGCCCUGCUUCAGGGUGGAUCUCGGGGCGCAGCGCCUGGCCUUGUCUCUGGACUGGUCCACAGGACGAGAGCAAUGUGGUUGUCCUUUGAGAGUGAUCAGCAGUGAUUCAGAGGGGAAGCUGAAUCUUUUCUCCAUAGAUGAAUCUGCUCCAUCUGUGCAUGUCCUGAACCAGUGGGAAGCUCACAAAUUUGAGGCCUGGAUUGCUGCUUUUAAUUACUGGGACACUGAUAUUGUGUAUUCAGGAGGAGAUGACAGCCUGCUGAAGGGCUGGGACACCAGGUGCAGUCCUGAGGCUCCUAUGUUCACCAGCAGGAGACACUCAAUGGGCGUGUGCAGCAUUCAGUGCAGUCCCCACCGGGAGAAUCUUCUGGCUACUGGCAGCUACGACGAGCACGUGCUGCUGUGGGACACCAGGAACAUGGAGCAGCCGCUGGCGGACACCCCCGUGGAAGGAGGGGUCUGGCGGCUGAAGUGGCACCCGAGCCACGAGUUCGUGCUGCUGGCCGCCUGCAUGCAGAGCGGCUUCAAAAUCCUCGACUGCCGCGGCAGCCUGGCGGAAAACACGGAGGAAUGUAUCAUCCUGUCCUCCUAUGUCUUGCACAACUCCUUGGCCUACGGGGCUGACUGGUCAAGGCUGUGUCCGAGGGAUUCCUGGAGUGCAACCCAGGACUCUGCUGCUGCCUGCCAGUCUUCAGAGGAGCCUGAGGGGAGAUCGGAGGAAAGAGAUGAGAGACUGAAUUUGCAGGUCCAAAACCUGAAGAUAAUUUAUGAGUCUCCUACAGCCACUUUUGAUGUCAUCCUGGAUGAGGAGAGCGAAGGCCCUGCCCCGCCGCUCGGAGCAGAGCAGGGCCCUGAGCUGCCUGGGGAUCCUGCCCUGCUGAGGGGCUCGGGUCUCAAGGGGGGUUUAGCUUUGGCUGGGGGGUCUGCCCAGGGGGCACAGCCUGAGUCAGGCAGCAGUGCUGACCUGGGAGCUAGGAGAGCCAAUGGAAGGGGCCUGGAUGGACGCAGCGAUUCAGCCAGGUCUCUAGAUGGCCCGAAGGAAAUGAGCAUUGUAGCCACUUGUUCUUUCUAUGACAAUAUCCUUCAUGUCUGGAAGUGGGAGAUGAGCCUGGCGACCCCUUCGGAGACGCCAGGUGCAACGUUUCCAGGCGAAAGGACAGCUGAAGGUUUGCAUUGACCAGUCCCCAGGGAGAGGGGUAGGAAACUCCUGUACUGCCAUCCAGAGCUGAGCCUAUGCCCUGUCUAAUCUCUUUUGGGCUUUUCCAGUUUUAUUGUUGAGCUUGUGAGUCCUUUAAGGCUGAUAGUGAUGGAAUUACUAGUGGUUUAUUUCCACUGAGAAAAGCCUUUGCUUUGAGGCACAUGGUCAAACACAGACACACUUAUUUAGUUUUCCCUUCGUGUUCUAGUUAAAGGAGAACCUUCCUCUCGGAGGCUGCUUGUUGUACCUUACACCUGCACCCCUUGGAGGCUGGUUUGCCUUUGUACCAUUGAUCUCUGGAGCCCGUUCUCCUCCCAUCACAAACCAAACUUGUCAGUGCUGCUCCGUGUAGACAGACCCACAGGAUGUGGCCAGAGGUUCCCCUGAAUGUCUUGGAAAAGCCCAGGAAUAGAGGGUCAGUUGUGUCUGUAGCAGCUUUGUGAUCUGCAAACCAGCCUGGACCUGGAGAGGAUGCUCCAAGACAGAUACUGACACAGCCAUGAGCUCAUGGUGAUCUUUAGGAGAGAGGAAUCAUAUUUUAGAAGGAAAUCCAGCCUGAGGGGUACAACAGACAGCAGUUCAGCCACGGGAAGCUCUGUUCCCAGCAGGGCCUUUCUUGUGAGGGUUCUGGUGUGUCUCAGCCUCAUUUUACAUCAGACUCAGCUCCUUGUUGCAGCCUCACUUUAUCACUCCAAGCUCAGCACGUGGGUGAGCAGAAGCUGCGUGGCAGCCCUGCCCUGUUCCAGUGCCAUGGCCUCUUGCCUUCAGACUUGGGUUUUCUGCUCUCCACAGCAAGUCAUACACUUAGGUCCAAAGUCAAGAUACUUUCAGUUUCGUAAAGGUGAACAGCUUUAAGAUCAAAACCUCCAAAAAGUACAUGCAGUGUUUCUUGACAUCUUUUAAGUUCAAAAUAAGUAAGUACAGAAACCAAAAUCUUACCAACAUUGCCCUAACUACCUCCAGGGAUGGCUGCAGGAUUUCUCAUGGUUGCUUCAUUAGCUUUCUUUUUUCACUGUGAAAUAUCAGCAAAACAAUGUUUCUGGAAUACUUUAACUAUUAUCUUCCCAGAAACAAAAAUACAGCUUAAAUGAGGUAAGGAACUUGUAACUUGCAUGGUUUCUCUUUGAGGGUCCUAAGGAAUUAGUUGUCUGGGGGGAAAGAAACACCAGCACCAGGGAUCUCUCUCUAUCCAUGACAGUGCUCACCUGAAGUGAGGUACAGAUCAGAAUUGUGCUGCUCUGAAACUCCUUUUUUCAAGGUGACUGUAUUUUAGAGAAUGUUCUUAAGCACUGCUACAUGAAGAUUCAUAUUAGUAUUGUGAACAAGAGCUUUUGUUAAAAAAAAAAAAAAAUCACCCUAUUUUUGGAUGUUUCUAAAAUAAAAUCAGUAUAAGUGA